GCUAUAAAGGGCCGCAGCGCCUUUGUUCGCCCCCAUUGCGCAGUUGCGGCUCGGCGCGGGCGGAGGUCACUUACGGCGUCAAAAUGGUUGAAGCAGAUCGUCCUGGGAAGCUGUUCAUUGGGGGCCUGAACACAGAGACUAAUGAGAAAGCCCUCGAGGCUGUUUUUGGCAAAUAUGGACGCAUUGUGGAAGUCCUUUUGAUGAAAGAUCGGGAAACCAACAAGUCCAGAGGAUUUGCAUUCGUCACAUUUGAGAGUCCAGCAGAUGCAAAAGAUGCUGCCAGAGAUAUGAACGGAAAGUCAUUAGAUGGGAAAGCAAUUAAAGUGGAACAAGCAACCAAGCCAUCCUUUGAGAGUGGUGGUAGGCGUGGGCCGCCUCCCCCUCCCCGAAGCAGAGGUCCUCCCAGGGGCCUUAGAGGCGCAAGAGGCGGAAGUGGCGCGAGAGGACCACCUUCAAGAGGGAGUCACUUGGGGUCUUCCCGAGGGCCACUUCCCAUGAAGAGAGGUCCACCUCCACGAAGCGGAGGCCCUCCACCUAAAAGAUCGGCACCUUCGGGACCAGUGCGCAGCAGCAGCAUGGGAGGAAGAGAUCUGGACUGCUUCUCUUCAGCUCCUGUGUCACGUGGAAGGGAUGGUUACGGUGGUCCUCCACGCAGGGAACCAAUGCCGUCACGGAGAGAUGUCUACAUGUCUCCGAGAGAUGAUGGCUAUAGCACUAAAGACGGUUAUUCAAGCAGAGAUUACCCCAGUUCCAGGGACACGCGGGACUACGCACCACCUCCACGAGACUACGCCUAUCGUGACUAUGGUCAUUCCAGUUCACGUGACGAAUACCCCUCCAGGGGAUAUAGUCUUUCCUCCUAUAGCGAUCGCGAUGGAUACGGUGGUGGACGUGACAGAGACUACUCGGAUCAUCCAAGUGGAGGCUCCUACAGAGAUUCAUAUGAGAGUUAUGGUAACUCACGUAGUGCUCCACCUGCACGAGGGCCCCCGCCAUCAUAUGGUGGAAGCAGUCGGUAUGAUGAUUACGGCAGCACACGAGAUGGAUAUGGAAGCCGAGAAAGUUACUCAAGCAGCAGAAGUGAUGUCUACUCAAGUGGCCGUGAUCGUGUCGGAAGACAAGACAGGGGUCUUCCCCCAUCCAUGGAAAGGGGCUACCCACCUCCUCGGGAUUCUUACAGUAGUUCAAGCCGCGGAGCACCCAGAGGUGGUGGCCGUGGUGGAAGCAGAUCCGAUAGAGGUGGAGGCAGAAGCAGAUACUAAAAACACUCUUAAACUUUUGGACCAAGACAGAUUACUUCUCAAACGUGGAAGUUGUUCUAUCUUUACUACCAGAGGACUACUAAAAAGAAAAGUUGUUUUUAACCUUUUUUUAUUGUUGCCUGUUAAGUUUUCCCCUCCAUGACUUUAUGCUUUUGUGAGGAAAAGUUCAAACAAUGUUUAAUUUCAUUUCAAAAUUGUUAACAUUUCUUUCAGAAAGCAGAUGUUAAAUGUAUAAACUUGAGCUGUGUACUAGUGUUGUAAUUUUCAAAGUAAAGUUUCCCUGAAAUGCCA